AAAGCACGAGUUGCCAAAGUCACAGAACCGCAGAGUGCCGUCGGAGCAGCGCAACAGGUUGUCGGGCUUGAUGUCCCCGUGCACGAGACCCCGCGAGUGGAACCGUCUGGUCAAGUCGCACAGUUCGUGGAUAAGCGCCACACGUUCCGCGCGGGUCUCGAUGGCAGAGGGAACGAUCGCCGACUCGAAGGGCAUGAUGAGUCCUCGGACUUGCUGCUGCCGCUCAUGGUAGUAGCGGCCCAGGUAAGAUACGCUGCAGUCCCCCGCUUGCUGCACGAUCUGGAUUUCGCGCGCCAUGGCCGAGGUAUCGGGAGGGUCUGGCUGUUUGCACACCAGACAUUUCAUAUCCCAACGGCAAGGGCCACGGAGUGUCUUCUGGCCAUGCACUAAAUGGCGCGCCCAGAUCAAGAGUGUCCGACAUGACUCGAGGACGGGAACGCGAGCAGGUCCAUGGUACCCACAAAUAUUGAUAACGAUGAUGAUGCCGCUGGCAGAGAUAAGAUCAUCAACCGGUGUUAACUGAAUAUUCUCGCUCUCGUCUGUCAGCGCACAAACGAAAUGACACACGGUCCCAUCCCUUUCUCGAUCGGGUACGAGCAAGAGCUUAACAGUCUAAGAAGAUUUUGUGUGGCCUUGUCGAAGAUAAGUAGCGAAAACUCUAGAUGAGUCAGUCUCCUGCACACCAGUAACCGUGUCUUCCCAGCGCAUCGGCAGAAAUUGACGUCGUGUAAUCGUUCGAACAUGAACAA